AGGUGUAGCAGAGGAAUUUAUAGGAGAGAGGGAUGAUUGACAUCUUCGUAUAGCCCCAAACCCGUCCCAGUUAGCAGGGAGGGAUUUGAGGUAGGUGAUACAGAAACUGGGUCAUGAUGGCAGGUGUGGAGAAAUAGAAUGUACCACUGAGUGGGGGGGGGUCCAGGGGAACCAUGUGGUAGAAAUAUCCUCCGGUGCCAUGUGAUCUGCCAAAAUUGAACAUGGGGAGUUUAGGAGGGCUGCCAUGUCAGUUUGGGAACUAUCCUUACGGGUGCUAACCCAAACCCCCUUUCUCCAACCAGAGCACCCUGCCUUCCUCCUCAGAUGUCACUCCCCCGCCACCUUCCUCAGUCAGGUCGUGCUGGCGCUUUGUGACGUCGAAGGCCUCCCUUCCCGCCCAGGGCUCCCAUUGGCUGGGUAGUGGGCUGUUGACCAAUCACAGCUCAGGGACGUGGUCGCCUCAUUGUCCCGAGACGGUGGGAGGGGUAUAUACGGGGACCCCAGGCAGCCCGCGGUUGACCGUUGGGAGGCGUUGAGCUGUGGAAGAUGAGUCCGAAGCCGAGAGCCUCGGGAUCCCCGGCCAAGACCAAGGAGAGCCAAAAGAGGAAGUCCUCUUCUCAGCAGAGCCCCAGUAGCCCGAAGAAGAAGGCUACCCGGGCGGCCAAGAAGGGAAAAGCAGCUCGUGGAGGGAGAGGCGGGAAGAAACGGGCCGCGAGCAAGAUGGCGGCGGCGGCGGCGGCGGCGGCGGCCCCUGAGGCGGGGAGCGGGCCAGCGGCCCCCGGCCCCAGUGACCAGCCCAGCCAGGAGCUCCCUCAGCACGAGCUGCCCCCCGAGGAGCCAGUGAGCGAGGGGACCCAGGACGACCCCCUGAGCCAGGAGAGCCAGCUGGAGGAGCCCCUGAGUAGGGGGCGGCCACCGACUCCCCCAUCUCCCUGAGCAGCGACUAAGUUCAGUUCCAGUCGCCAGACCUCAGAGAUCUCACCAGCACGGUGGCCCCUGGUGAAGACAAUAAAAUGAAUGUGUUGCAAA